CCGCGGGCCGCGGAGCCCGCACGGCCGGCGCGGAGAAUUCGUUCCCGCCGAAGAGGAAGUCCUCGAUUCCCAGGCCCUUUGAGGUCUGAGGAGGAGUCCAGUAGGUGAGAUUCUCUACCUCUAAGGAGAAACAGUACCUGCUCCUUCAGCAAGAGCAAGCUCUCCAUUGCUAUGGAUACCGAAUCCACGUAUUCUGGAUAUUCUUACUAUUCUAGUCAUUCGAAAAAAUCUCACAGACAAGGGGAAAGAAAUAGAGAGAGGCACAAAUCACCCCGGAAUAAAGAUGGCAGAGGGUCAGAAAAAUCUGUCACCAUUCAAGCUCCCACUGGAGAGCCCCUGUUGGCAAAUGAUUCUACUCGGACGGAGGAAGCUCAGGAUGACAACUGGGGGGAGACCACCACGGCCAUCACAGGCACGUCGGAGCACAGCAUCUCGCAGGAGGACAUCGCCCGCAUCAGCAAGGACAUGGAGGACAGCGUGGGGCUGGACUGCAGGCGCUACCUGGGCCUCACGGUCGCCACGGUGCUCGGACUCCUGGUCUUCCUCACCCCCAUCGCCUUCAUCCUGCUACCCCCCAUCCUGUGGCGGGAGGAGCUGGAGCCUUGUGGCACCAUCUGCGAGGGACUCUUCAUCUCUGUGGCAUUCAAGCUCCUCAUUCUGCUCAUUGGGACCUGGGCGCUGUUUUUCCGCAAGCAGAGAGCCGACGUGCCGCGGAUCUUCGUGUUCCGUGCCCUCUUGUUGGUCCUCAUCUUUCUCUUCGUGGUUUCCUAUUGGCUUUUUUACGGGGUCCGCAUUUUGGACUCUCGGGACCGAAAUUACCAGGGCAUCGUGCAAUACGCCGUCUCCCUCGUGGAUGCUCUCCUCUUCAUCCACUACCUGGCCGUUGUCCUGCUGGAGCUCAGACAGCUGCAGCCCAUGUUCACACUGCAGGUGGUCCGCUCCACUGAUGGCGAGUCCCGCUUCUACAGCUUUGGACACCUGAGUAUCCAGCGAGCAGCAUUGGUGGUUCUGGAAAAUUACUAUAAAGAUUUCACCAUCUAUAACCCCAACCUCCUAACAGCCUCCAAAUUCCGAGCAGCCAAGCACAUGGCCGGGCUGAAAGUCUACAACGUAGAUGGCCCCAGUAAUAACGCCGCUGGUCAGUCCCGGGCAAUGAUCGCUGCAGCUGCUCGGCGCAGGGACUCGAGCCACAACGAGUUGUAUUAUGAGGAGGCAGAACAUGAACGGCGGGUGAAGAAGCGGAGAGCAAGGCUGGUGGUUGCAGUGGAGGAGGCUUUCAUCCACAUCCAGCGUCUCCAGGCUGAGGAGUAUCAGAAAGCCCCAGGGGAGGUGAUGGACCCCAGGGAGGCCGCCCAGGCCAUCUUCCCCUCCAUGGCCCGGGCUCUGCAGAAGUACCUGCGCACCACCCGGCAGCAGCACUUCCACAGCAUGGAGAGCAUCCUGCAGCACCUGGCCUUCUGCAUCACCAACAGCAUGACCCCAAAGGCCUUCCUCGAGCGGUACCUCAGCACGGGUCCCACGCUGCAGUACGACCGGGAGCGCUGGCUCGCCAUGCAGUGGCGGCUCAUCAGUGAUGAGGCCGUGACCAGCGGGCUGCGGGAUGGACUCGUUUUUGUCCUCAAAUGCUUGGACUUCAGCCUCGUAGUCAAUGUGAAGAAAAUUCCGUUCAUCAUGCUCUCGGAAGAGUUCAUAGACCCCAAGUCUCACAAAUUUGUCCUUCGCUUACAGUCCGAGACGUCGGUUUAAAAGUUCUAUAUUUGUGGCUUUAUUAAAAAAAAAAAAAAAGAAUAUAUAGAGAGAGAUAUAUAUGUAUACCAGAGGGGCAUCUUUGUUUUUAUUAUUCUUCAUUGCUGACUGAACUGGCAGAUGAGAGACCAGGGUCCUUUGACCAUCUGCACUUUAUUUGGAAGGAAGCAGAAGAUGUCCGUCCUGGAAAAAUGUGACUGAUGACAUCUGACUUGGGGAUGGGACGUCUCGAGAAGCCGUUCCCUGGCGUUUCUGUGACAGCUGCAAACCAAAGCGGAGCUGGAGGUUCUUGGGAACCUCGCCUUACCACUCGUCCCUGCCUUUCGUCCAGCACCCAGCCCUGCCCUGGCUUCUGGCCAUCCCACUCGUGGGCCUCUGGGCACACGUCUUUGUCCUGUUUCAGGGAACCAGACAGGACAUGUCCACACGUGUUUAUAUAUGUAAACAUCCGGCACCACGGGAGCCAUGGGCUGUUCACGAAACGCCUGCCUUCAUCUUUGUUCUCUGUUGCCUUAGGUUCUGCAGAGAAAGAUCACAACGACAAACGUGCACUGUCAGUUUACAGAUCUUAAUGAUUUUAUUUUUUUCCCCAAAGAGAGAAUCUGCCUGCCCCGGUUUUGACCUGCUUGCCUACCAGCUUGAGCAGGUAGCCCCUUCCUAACCCAGUGAUGGCCUACCUGUCCCCACUCCAUCCCACCCCCACCCCCCCAAAACACACCACACCCUACCUGGCUGGUAUCCCCCAGCCAGGGAGCCCAGCCUUCAGAGCCGCCCAGGACCUGGCUCUUCACGUGUGCCCUCGGGCUCCAUGCACAGCCUCAGGUCCGCCCCACGGAUUGUUUGUUUACGUAGGGAAGGGUGAGGUACCCCCCAGGUAGGUCCCAGGGAGGGCAUGCCAGCUGGGAUGUCCCUUUCAGGCUGCGGCAGGAGCCCCUCCGCCCCCAUCCUCCUCCCACUGCUCUACACCCACCAGGGGGAGACCCACGCUGUGACUCAGGGACUGGCAAGUUCAGCUCGGAGCCUCCAUUUCCCGGGAGAUACAUCCUCACAAAGCUCCAUAGCAAGCUGCCCUGCCAAGGGACAGCUGCGGCGUCCAGCCCCUGACUUCUGACCACUGUGCGCGCUCAUCACCUCCGCCCCUUACUACCCGGGCACAGGCUCCUUUAGGCCCUGGUGCUGAAUCACUCGUAGUUGGCAGUAAAUUGAGGAAGGGGAAUGGGCAAGCUGCAGCAUUUGGGGAAAGGAAAGUAGGGAGCCGAGCUUGUGAUCCAGAAUGAUGCCGGCCUGGUCUGUUUCUUAGAUGGUUUCGGUGGGCUUGCCUGGGCCCGGGCCCAGGGGAGCAGCCGGGCCGGGCGAGUGGAGGCGCCAAUGGGCAGAGCCCUGCAGCGGCCUUCAGUUCCUCCAUCUGCCUUCCUGUAUCCACAGCAAACCUUUGCAAAGUGUUCACUCUCGCUUUUCCCCAGUGUUUAGGGUAACCAGUCACCUUGCUAUAGCCAAGGGUGAUACUGUCAAAUACUCUUUGUGUAUGUGUUCGCAUGUACCCUUUCUGGUUUAUGCAUUCCACAAGUGGUGCAGUGUUUGUUAUUACUGUCUUAAACCAAAAUUGGCUUUCGAUAUUUGUCACACACCUGUACCUGAAAAAGUAAACAGCGUUCUUGAAUCCACAGCCUUCAGGUCAACAAGAAGAUGUGUUGGAAAAGCAGGAAGGAGAAACCAGUCGGUGUGGUGUGGAACCAAGACAUACUAUUUAACUACAUGGUUUCCGUUUAUGAAAAACACAUACCAUGUAACCAUGGUGCUUUUGUUCUUCUUAGUUUUGCCUUUAGGUCCCUUCAAGCCGGACAUUCCUUUUGAUAAUGUCUUUCUCAGGAAUAUAUUUUGGGAGACUGGGCAAGGGAUGGUGAAUGUAUAAGAGACUUUGGCUGCAUAAAGGUUAUACUGUCCCAGACUAAAUGUAUCAGAGGCUGCUGCAUCAGAAACCCAGCAAUAGAAGUGCCAUACAUGUAUAUGCAUAUGCCUAAUAAUGACACUAUCCAUCAACAUUCUAAAAAACUGUGCUUACAAUCCUGUCUUCAAUUAUCAGUCCAGAAGGGGUUAAGUUGGAUUCAUGGCUUUGGUGCCUGCCCUCCCAGCAGGGUGAAGAAAGGUUUAAAUUAAAGAAUUUCUUUUCUCUCUCUCCCACUCUUUGCAUAGGAGAAUGUCAGACUUUGUGAAAUUAUUGUUUCUGUUUUAAAUUGAAUAUUGAUUUUUUUUUACACUGACUUUGUAUUGAGUCCUUUUCGAAAGAACAACGUAAUAAAAUGCAGGAUCUUUGUAUCAAGCCUUUGCACUUGCAAACUCUUAAUAGCUUGAGUUACUGGUGCAGUGGGAACAAUGUAAAUGGCAUUUUUUAAAAAAUAUAAGUUUUCAGAAAAGCUGUAUCAUACAAUUGAACACAGUCCUUUUCAGUUCUUGCAGUCAAUAAGCUCUUCUUUUGAAAAGGAGUAAACUGUGCCCUGGUCUAGUAGAAUUAGAAGAUAAGUUCACAUUAGAGGAUACAAGAUUUUGUUUGCCUGAAAUGUUUAUAGAUUUUCUAUAACUUUCAACCUGUUAUUAAAAUGUGAACGUUCAACAGUAAGGAGUAGAAAAACUUAAUGAGGAGUAUAUGUCUGAGGUCGUUCUCUUCCCUGGUGAUGUUUUAACCAGUAGAUAGUUUCUGUUCUUAAAUGUGUACUUUUGAAGAUAAUGACAAUUUUUAAUCGUCCACGAACUAAACAUUGAAGUCUGCAUUCUUAGAGCUGGAAGGGAUUUUAAGGUUUUGUGAUUGAUCCAUCCUUUGCAUUAUCAGUUAAGUCAAAACGUGUAAUAGUUUUGCGAAAGUUUUUAAAGUAAGCCCUAGAGAAAAUGCUUGACCAUUUUUUGCCCAGCUGUCAUCAUCUCCCUUCCUCCCUCUCUGUCCUCUGUCUACGCACAGGACAAAUUCCGUACAGCCAAUGGAUAGAGGAAAGUGGCCGUAGUAUGUGUGUGUGUGUGUGUGUGUUGUGCUGCGGCUCAUCAUUGCCAGAGCUCGGACCUCCUUUGCAGUGGGGAGACUGGCUGUUCGGGUGUGUGUUGGGUGGGCAUGAGGUGCUCCACUGUCUUCACCAUAGUUGGUGGUAGUCGAGUACUCUCUUGUGUCUCCUGGUCACUUUGGUGUGCGUGUGUAUAGAUAAGGCUGUAGCCCUGUGGGAAGCCACGAGCCUGUUAGGCUGACAGAAACUGAUGACCCUGCCCCUCCUUACUUUCUCCCGGGAGAGUGAGUGUAGCAGCCACUCAGUGAAAUCAGCAAAAUCAAGUCCUUGGUUUACUCCCGUCUAUGUGAACCCUGCUAUGGAAGGCUCCCUACACUGGGACGCAUAUUUGUUUGUGGGUGUGUGUUUCCAUAUAUGUGAGCAUUUCUCUGAGUGUAAUUACCAGAUGGACGGCAUGUUUAUGUUAGCCAUCUGAACAUCUGUGUUAUCUGUAACAGAUGGGUGUGUAUCUCAGCAAAUAACUUGUGGAUGUGUUUAUAUAGAUGAGUGUGUGAAAGUCCAUGUGUUUCUACAUAUGCCCUGUGUUUGAGAGAUAUCCUAACAGCACCCGUCUUCUGGGAGGUUACUCUAAAGCCAGAUACUUCUCCCUCCCCUCCUUUACUCCUUCUCCUAGGUUACACUGGCUUCUCCCCAGGAGUAAAUGGCUUUAGCACAGCAGUGUCUUCUGGAGAGCCUGCUGUCCUGUAGGCAAGUCCAUUAGACUUUCUUGCCUCAGGACUUUAUGACCUGAAAACAACAAGAAUCAAAGAAAGGUCAAGCUCCAUGAUAAUGACUGCUCCAACUUCACUACCCCGGAAGCCUUACCAUAGAUUUCUCAAUAUAACUUAAAAGUUGAGCUUCAUUUUAAAAAAAGAUUGAUUACUAAAAGCACAGAAAUGGUGCCAUAAUAUUCAAAUAGUCCAGCAGAGACCCUGCAAUUGUAAAGUGAUGUAAGUAUUUCUGGGUAGUGUUUGUGCUUUGUGAGUCUUGUUUUACAAAAAAUAAAUCACUACUGUGAAUUUACUGCUAUGUAACCUUGUGGUCAUAAUCCAUUAUAAAUAAAAUAUGAGUUAUUCUUAAGCCCAUAGCACAGAUUUUGAAUGAUAUUCAGUGCAGUAGUGAAUAAGGUACCUUAGACACUACAUUGAAAUCUCUAUAUUGAGGUUUAACCAAGUGGAUGCCCAGAAAAUUAGAUUUGGGGUCACAUUUUUGACAAAAUAUAUUUUGGUCAAAGAAGGAAGAGAAGGGUAAUAAGAUGUAUCUAUCAGGUAUCGUAUGUUAGGCGUUGUCUUAGAAUGUGAAUUCCUUUAAGGUAGGCGUUAUCUGAAUUUUACAGGUAAGAAAAGGGUUAAUCAGAGAGGGAGGAACUUGCUUAAAAUCUCAUGGCUAAUACAUGAAAUUUCAAAUCUAAUGUUUGAUUCCAAUCCCACAGUCACUGUACAUUGAAGUAUUACCUAAAUAAUUUGGCAUUUUCUGGAUGUGGAGGAGAGACCUGAGGAUACUUAACCUUGAAUCAAAACCUGGGAUUGGGGGAUCGUUGGAGGUGGAAUCACAUCUGUUCUUUGACCUCGGGUUUGCACCAGAGCUGUGGCUCCAGGGAAAGCUGCUCCGCCGUGCUGGCAAAUUUCUCAGGAAUUUUGAUGGAAUGAACUUGAGAAUCCUCCUUCCCUUAGGAAAAACCAGCCCUGCUAUCGCUGCACCUGCUGUAGGACUCAGAUGCUAUUGUUCUGGCAGCCACCCUUUGCUUCUGCCCCUCUCCCCCUCCACUCCCACCCUGCUGGCUUGGGCAGGUGUGCACCUUGGGGAGGUGUGCAGGGGCUCACCUGGCCUCCUUCCAACCUGAGGAGGCCUCUUCCUGGUGCUUCGUCAACAUUAUGCCCCAACAGCUUCCACUGGUUGGGGUGGGAGAGGGACUGCCUGCAGCCCAGCCUAGGGAGGUUUGGGACUGGUGCCCCUGGCCUCCAUCCUUGACUUCAAGUUCUCAGCAAGCACUUUGCAUCCCACUCUUUUCCCCACAUUUGCCCUCUAGAGUUUUAAUCACUAGACAUAAAACAGGACUCUGAGCACACUGUUUUUCUCUCUUCCAAUGUCUUGAGGUUUUGGUUUAGUUGUGCAUAAACUACCUUCUCUCCUGCUGUUUGCUUUCAGUAGAGGAUAAGAAAAGAAAGAUGACACACCUCUCAGCAUUGCUGCUUAUUAGGAACGGGUAGGACACAUUUUCAGAGGGUAAAUAGGGAAUGUAUAACUACUGAAUAAAAUUAGAUUUUCGUACUCUGGGUCCCUUUUGCCAGGCCUGUCCCAUUUCUACUUAGGUAACCCAAUUUGUUUUGUUUCACCUGUAACAUAAAUCUCUUCAAUGGGUUGUUUUAGAGUCUCCCCAACACAACAACAGAUUUCUGACACCUGAAGCAGCACAGUGAAAUAUUACUCCCAAUAUGGCGCCAGCAAUCUACAAUUGAUAUCUCUCGGCUUGAAAACAUCAGUGUUUUGUCCUUGUUUUAGUGGGAUAAAAACACUCUUAAGCCUUGGGGACAAAUGUGACCAAUUCCCAGGCUUUUAUCUUGAGUGUCUUUGGCACUUCUUUUGGCGCUGAAAUAAUACUUGGAUAAAAAUAUUUGAAUGUGCAGUGUCUGGUUUUGUAUCUGCUUGUAUUUAUCUGAGCUUUCCCUUGUGCACAUGAGCUUUCAUUCUGAAGGAGGUCAUCCUUUAGGAGUUUUUAAACCCCCCAAAGCCCUCACCUUGGG